CGAACGGAUUCGGGCGCGCUUCGUCGUACCCGCAGCUCGAAACCGAAUUAUGAAAUUCCCACGUCGGUGUAAAGUGAGAUGAUUUGAGGUCUGAGUUACAAAUCCUGUCCCGUGCCGUCGCCCCAACAUCAUGCUCGACAAAUUCAACACAAACGCAUUCAUAUCGUUUGGACUGGGAUUCAUACUGAUGUGGCUGAGCGAAGCCACGGAAGCCCAUGUGAACUACACAGCCAAGCCGCGAGUAGUUCUUCCGCCUAAUUAUGUCAAGGAGAUACGACCGCCCUCGAAGAAGGGCUCCCCAGUGAUAGUAGACUUUAGCAUAUUCGUUGUAGAUAUUAACUCAAUUAACGUAGAGGAUAUGGACUUUAGAGUAGACAUGUUUAUACAUCAGCGCUGGCUGGAGUCCCGGCUGGAGAUCCCCGACGACAUCUUCGAGGAGGGCGACGACUACGUGACACUGCUUCCAGAGGUCUUUGAGAAUUUUUGGCAGCCGGAUCCGUACUUUCUCAAUUCCAAGAUUGCCGAAAUAGCGACACUGACCCACAAGUUUACGUCGGUGACGCUCUACAAGAACAAGACGGUGCGCUAUGCCGCCCGGAUGCACGCGAUCAUCGCCUGCCAGAUGGAGUUCCAGCUGUACCCCAUGGACAUCCAAGUGUGUCCCAUUUACAUAGAGAGCUUCUCGUCGAACAACCAGAAGGUGAAGCUUCGUUGGUCCGACUCCGGAGUCACCCUCAAUCCGGAGCUGAAGCUUCUCCAGUACAACCUGGGCCAGCCCCUGGAGCUGGAGGAAUCAGAUGGCUAUAUGCCUGAGAAGGUCGGCAACUUCUCGCGCCUCACCGUGUACUUCCGCUUCGAGCGCCAGAUUGGCCACCACCUCAUCCAGACCUUCGCCCCCUCGUCGCUGGUGGUGAUGUUAUCCUGGUUCAGUUUCUGGCUGGGCCUGGAUGCGAUCCCGGGACGGGUUACGUUACUGGUCACCUGCAUGCUGACACUGGUGACCAUGUUCACGGGGGCGGACAUUCCCCCCGUGGCGUACGUUAAGGCCCUGGACCUUUGGAUGGCCGGCUGUAUGCUGUCCGUGUUCGCCGCCCUGGCCGAGUUCGUGGUGGUGAAAGUUCUGGACGUGCAGUACCAGUACCAGGUGAACCGUAUACCCAAGCAACAUGGAGAAGGGCCAAUGUGCGACGGUGGCCAGCUGGGAGGGUGGAGCGGUGCGCUCCAGGAAAGCCACGCAGACGCCCACGACGCCCGGACAGACGUCUCUGCAGGGCAAUGGAGGUCCUCCGAAGCCUGCGAGGAGACAGAGUCUCCUCUCGGUGGCCUGGACGGACACCGACACGGGAGUCGAGAAGAUCAUGUGGCGGGAGAUCGACAAGGUGUCCCGGGCCGUGUUCCCCAUCCUGUUCUUCGUGUUCGUCCUCCUGUACUGGCCGAUUCUGCUGAUGAAGUCGUCCUAGGAUUUGGGGAGUUCCAGAAUACACAUUUCUGGACUCCGUUAAAAAACCGAACAAUUGCGGAUCUGUUGAUGGAACAAUACCUGCUACUGGACUGGAUCUAAAAGGCCCCAAGUGCAAUUCUUAAAUCUGCGAAGAGCGGCUCGCUCUCCGCCAUCGAAGUACAACAAAUACAACAACCAGAAAAGCCUACAGUUACCUACAUAAGUGUGUGCACAGCCCAGGUGUACGGAUUACAGAACUCAGAUAUCGAAUAUUUGCUCACGACGAACGAGAGUAUAGUUCACAUGAGUGUUGCUUAGCCCCAUGGUUUUUUUCCAAUCUACCUAUAGGAUAUUCUCUGACACGGCUUCAGCUGCUCUAGGCAAUGGUGCUCAGGAUCCCACAUAGACCUUAAUUUUAUUCAGCAGCUAAUUAUUUCGCCUUACUACCACUGCAUUUGUCAAUCGAGUCCAAGCUGGUCAUUGAAUAAAUGUACAUCACUGUGCUAGUGACAAUACCCCACGGUCGACGGGUUGUCCCUACUUCGAAAGUAUACACCACUACCUACUAGAACCACAAGCUACACGCGGUACAUACACCACUCUCAAGGCAAGGCAAGGCAAGGUUUUAAUUGAAUUUUUGUAUUAGGCUUAAGCAAAUCAGCCAAGGAAUGGAUCUGGUGCUUUACGGAGAUAAUAAACUAUGUGGCCUCUAAGGAUAUUGGGAUUGUAAAUACUGAAAAGAACCGAGAAUGCUUUUAGAGAUUUUUACAUAAAUAUUUAGAAUUAUUUAAUCAUUAUAGCGCAUUUUAUGCAAAACAUUAGAGCUGUGGCUUUUACAUCUAAUUGAGAAUCGAGAAACCAACUAAAAUCGACCUUUGACCUGUAGUUCAAACAGCGCACGUCAGGCAGAUGGGAUAUUUUGGAAAACAAUGAAUAUAUACCUAUAUAUAUAAUAUAUAUUUGUUAAGUUAAAUCGAGUUUAUAUUUGAUAUAAAAAUAGCGACACAAUGUAAAUACAUUACAUCACAACCAAUGUACUACUUGCAUAUAUUUAUCUAGGAUUGUAUCUGCUAUACGAAG